CCUUGCUUUGCGUUCUCAUACUGUGACAGCGGCAAUUUCGUUUCCAUUGUACGAACCCUCAAGGUGCUGUUGCUGAGGCGUUCAUAGCUUUGCCUAUCACCCCUUGCAACAGGUAAUACAUGUAUGUUUCUCUAAUGGCCGCGGAGUAGUCUACCUGGCUUUCUUCGGCGGUAACAACGACAGAUGGCAGCACUUUUCCUCUUGCCGAUCGCCCCACGAUCUACCCACGAAUGUAUGAGCCCAUUCCCACUCUGCCUAUCAGCCGCACCCAGUCGCAUGAUCCGCUGCUACUCCUCCUGGUUUCCUGCAUCACAGACCAUCAUGACGAGCGCGUUCGCCCAUUGUCGGCCUCAGAGUACAGUGGGCAGACGUUAUCUGAAUGGAAAAGACGGAUUGGCAUGUAAAUCGAGAGACAACGUGCGGCUUUCCUUCAGCCAAUGUGCUCUUUUGGGCGACAGCGACAUAUCGUACAACUGAGAUGUUUGUCGCGAUUUCCGUGCCGUGAUGCUUGAAUUCAU